AUAUUUAAUGGUGGUUCAUCUCGUUAGAGAAAUUUUUUUUACCUCUAUAAUUUCUUAAGACUCUUAUAUGGAAGAGAAUCUUCCAACCAAAGAACAUAUCGGAAAAUUCGAAAGAAACGUUCUAUUGGAGUUAAAAAUUUGUUCCUGGCGGGGUUUGAUAUGUAUUUUAUUUCCUUGGCUCUACUUUUGCAUCUAAAUUUCGAUACUAUUACAUCUUCCUUGCAAAGCUCCAUUAUUGCACCAGGAACCAGUUGCAAUUCUCUGUCUGGAUGUUUGCGGAUAUCAUCAUACAGACCAAAAUCACAACAACCGAUAGAAAAAGAUGGAAGAUUGUCUACAUCAAACACCUGGUCUCCAGUUGAAAAUCUGAAGGUUACAUUAAAUGAUCAAAGAAAUAAAAGCAAAAAACAGUUUGCAGACAAAUUUAAUAAGCCCGAUACAGGAAACGCAGGUGUUUCAGUUUAUGCUAACGACCACCUUUUUGAUUCAAGCACUGUGGUUGGACAAGAUACAGUUGCGAAUCCAUGGAUUAGAUAUUGGUCUCACCAACCAACUACUGUGGCAACACUUACUCACUCAAGCAUCAAGCGAUUGACACUUUCAGAGAAUAAGAACUUAGUCUAUAGAACCAUAAACUCUGAGGACGAAAGAAAUGGCACAGUUUCUUUUGGUAAACAGAAUAUAGAUUCGAAUUUGAAAGGAAAAUCAUUUGAAGCAGUCAAUACAAGCAAAAAAAAUAAGGGUUAUGUAAAUGUGAACAGAAAUGGAGUAAACAAGGAAUUUUUAAACUCGCUGCUUCAAAGCAAUAGUUUUCCAUAUGUUGAUACCAAAUACAAUCGCAAACAAACUUUUGGUACUGAAUCAAUAAUAAAUAUAUCAAAUGGAUAUCCAGAUAGGAAAAGUUUUGGAAAUAUUUUAGGGAACUACAACAGAAAAAAUAUCGACAAUUUUAACAACGAAACAGAUAAAAUUCGCGAUGAUGACAGGCAUACCAAUGAUAAGAAUAUAGGAAAACAGUUAGAUCAAUACAAUAAAUUCAACAAAUUUGGACACCAAAAGCAUAAUAUGCAGCAAGAAGUUCCCAAUAAAGAAAAGAAAAACAUUGAUCAAAAAGAAAAGAAUAAUUUUUAUGAUAUAAACGUACUCGCCAAUUAUAUAAACAAAAGAAAUAUAUCUGAUCAACACAGUAAUGAUAACAAAUUCCGAAACCAAAACAAUCUACAGAACACCAGCACAAGCAAUGAAAGGAGAAAUAAUAGUAGAGUUUUAAAUAAAACAAGCAUCUUUGAAUACUUAAGAAAACUAUUCAAUGAUGCAGAGAUAUUGUUUCGUAUUCCUCAAAUCGAAUCGCGAAAAUCAGACCGCGAAAAUUUAAAUAUUUUAUCUGAGAAUCACUCAAACGAUUUAAAUUCUAAGUUUCGUGACUUAGUAUGUAAAAUAAUGCAUUGUCAAAGAUCAAAUGAAUAUAAUAUAAAUAGAUAUAAAGAAGUUAGAACAGACCAACAAGCUAAUCAACUGGGCUUACAGGUUUUGAGAAGUUUAGAUGGCGGUAAAUCAGGGGACUAUUUGGAAAAUAAUUCGAAUUCUCUCCCGAUUAUAUCAUCGACAUCUUUUAAAGAAAGAAAAAGAAAUGAAUCGAGUGCUGUAUCCAUUCCCCUAGAUUCAUCAGAUAAAAUCUCUGCCAUCAAUGGGUCUUCGAAAUCGAAUCAAACUGCUUUAAAAGAGAGCGACGAAUUCACUCCUGCAGGUUCAUUAAAGUCGAGAACGAAAUCUCGAGAAAAUGAUUUGAUUCCUGGGGACCUUGCCAAGAAACGUAAAAAAUCUGCAUUGCAAAUUUACAGCCAAGAUUCGCAUGAUAAGAGACCGGGAAUUCUAAAAAGGAAAAACGCAGCCAUUUUGCAGUUAAACUUCGACAUUAAGGUACCAAAAGAGAGAGAGGAGAACGUUUAUUUCAGAUUAAAAUUCCCAGAGGAGAGUUUAAGGAAAUCGCAAGAUCAAUCUGAAAGGAACGCUGGCGAUGUAAAUUAUAAAAAAGCUGCAGAGCCCUUACAAAAUAAGAUUACUCUAACGUUCUUAAAAGAAAAGUCUAAUGAUACUAGUGCUACUACUAAAAUCAACAGAUGGCUUGAAAUAAACACAUUAACCAACGAGAAGGUUAAUUCAAUAGAAAACAAAACAAAUAGUGUUUUUAAAAUAAAUGGAGUUACUAAAUUGCUACAAAAUAUAUCUUUGUUUUUUAUGCCUUCAUUGCGAACUUCUUUCUCUGGUAUUUUUAAGCUUCCUGUUGCAGAUCGUCCAAUUCCCGAAUCAAAAAAUAAAUCAGGAAUUUUAAAUGCAAACAGGAUAACAGGGAAUGGUCAAAAUAUUGAACAUUUAUUAAACAGAAGAAGAAGACACUACAACUAUUACUCACAGGACAAGAAUUUUAGACCCAUCGACAGACCUAAUGUUUAUCAGGGUUUCAAACAAAAGCAUGAAAGGUAUUAUAAUAAUGAACAAUAUGGAAGACAUGGGCCUAUUACUCAGUUUACUAAAAGUUCAAAUUCGAAUUAUGUUAAGCAUUACUCUCCCGGGAUUGGUAACAAUCCUCCAAAAUAUAACCAAAAUAUACCACCCAGUUACGCUCGCCAAGAGGCUUAUACCCCUCACAUACAGAGCAACACCCAAAGCUAUUCUCCAAGAGAGUCGAGAACUUUUCGUGGAUAUAUGAAUGACUUUAACAGCUAUGACGUCGAAGCAUCUGAACCACAAUCACAAGCAAGUCGUAGAGGUUCUCUAAAAUCUAUCAUAGAUAAAGAUAUUACACCAUUGAUCAACAGCAUAAACAACAAUGUAUCAAAUCAUACCAGUAAUGCCCAGCACAUUAUUCACUGGUAUUUCAUUAUUCCCAAUCAAGCAAAUGGCGAUCCAUUUUUUGUGUGGAAAAACACGUCCGUUCCAGCAGCGAAUGGGGAAGCCGAGGAUAGCCCAGUAUCUGAUUUGAAGUCUCCCAUCUUGACCGCGCCUGCCCAACUAUCUGAAAACGAAACUUCAGCAGAAAAUAUAACCAUGGACAACUCAACAACUACCACAAAUACAUCAAUCGAAAAUGAUAAACUCAUAUGGAAUUCCACUGAGUAUGAGUAUGAUGAUGAAAUUUGGCAUAAAAAUCAAUGGGCUUACAUUUCACCACCAACAAUACCCAACGGGACUGUGACAACCAAGAGGCCUAAAGUACCAUCGAAGUGGCCGUGGAAUAUUGUUCACCAUCAUCAGCACCAUAAACCUAAUAAAUAUCCGAGGAAAACUUGGCCCUGGCCAGAAACUGUAUCUUGUUCUUGCAACAAAUGGUACGUACCUAGUCGUGGAUGGUGGCCCAGCCGAACCACUCCUAUGAUGCCAGGAAUGAGUGGAUGGGACAAAAAAUAAUAUUUGUUGAGCACAUUUUUUUAAAAAAAUAGUUGAAGAGAGUGUACCGAUAUAUUGAUAAGCACAAAUUUCAAACUUUUUAUAAGUACGUUGCUCGUGAAAAAGCAGCUUUAUUAUCAUAUGGGCAAUAAGAUGCAUUGUGCUGCUAUCUAUUGUGAGUUUAAAAAACUUAUGAACAGUUGGAUGUAAAUAUGUCACAUUAAGAAAAAUGUGGUUUAUGAAUAUAUUGCCCAGAGCCCUUCAAUGUUUUGUCACUCAUCUCCUUCCAUAAUGCCGAAAUAAAAAAUAAAUAAAUAAAUAAAAAAAAAUAAAACUUGU